AUGGAUGUCUGCAAGGUUGUUGGAAUCGAGUCCAUAAAGGUUCGGGCACAUGAUGGUUCGUUCUGUACCGUGAAUGAUGUCAGGCAUGUUCCACGAAUGACAAAGAACCUGAUCUCCUUAAGUCUACUCGACAGCAAGGGUUUCAGUUUCAAAGGAAAAGGUGGAGUUGUGUAUGUCUGCAAAGGUUCAAGGAAGGUGCUGAAGGGCGUGAAGCGUGGGACCUUGUAUGCAUUACAAGGGUCCGUGUUGUCUGGUUCUGCUGCAGUUGCAUCAUCUCGGGUUCAUCAGGAAGAUAUGACCACUCUCUGGCAGAUGAGAUUGGGGCAUAUGAGUGAACGGGGGAUGCAAGUUCUAUCGAAGAGGGAUCUUCUUUGCGGGCACAAGGUGCAGAAGUUGGAAUUCUGCGAGCAUUGUAUGUUUGGGAAGCUACAUCGUAGAAAUUUUCCCAAGAAGGGUAUCCAUCGGACGAAGGGGAUACUAGAUUACCUCCACUAUGACUGUUGGGGUCCUUCACGAGUUGAAUCCAUUGGAGGUAGCAGGUAUUUUCUGUCUAUUAUUGAUGAUUAUUCGAGAUUUACUUGGAUUUUCAUGAUGAAGCAGAAAAGUGAGGCUUUCACGAAAUUCAAGAAGUGGAAGACAUUGGUGGAGAAUCAGAUCGGGAAGAAGAUCAAAAAGCUACGAACAGACAAUGGUCUGGAGUUCUGUAAUUCUGAGUUCAACGAAUUCUGCGAGGAUGAAGGGAUUUCCCGUCAUCGGACUGUGAGAGAUACACCUCAGCAGAAUGGCGUUGCAGAAAGGAUGAAUCAGACAUUGUUGGAGAGAGCACGGUGCAUGCUCUCUAAUGCUGGACUAGAGAGAAGAUUCUGGGCAGAAGCAGUGAACAUGGCGUGCUUCCUGAUCAACCGUGGACCUGACACAGGUAUCGAGUUUAAGACUCCUUAUGAGGUGUGGUAUGGUAAGCCUGCUGAUUACUCUUCACUGAAAGUUUUUGGGUGUCCUGUUUAUUAUCAUGUGGAUGAGGGUAAACUGAACCCAAGGGCAAAGAAGGGUGUAUUUGUGGGUUACAGAGAUGGAGUUAAGAGAUUUCGAGUCUGGUCACCUCCUGAGCAUCGAGUUAUACUCAGUAGAAAUGUGAUAUUUGAUGAGAAGUCUAUGUUUAACCCCAUGUUGAAGGUUAUUGUUGUUGAAGGUAUUAGGAAUGUUGAUAAGCAGGUGGAGCAACAAACUCUCAAUGAGAGUGAGUUUGAGCACCAAGGUGGAGCUGAUCAACAUGAGCAUGUUUCUAUAGAGUCAGAAACUUCACAGUCCAGUGCAGGAGCUCAACAGUUUAUAGCUUCCGGUAGACCGAAGAGAGCGACUGUAGAGGUACCUCCAAAGAGGUAUGGUUUCGAGGACAUGGUAGCGUAUUCAUUUCAGGUUGCUGAAGAAGUGGAUGCAGGUGAGCCACAGUCCUAUAGAGAAGCCGUUUCGGGUGGCGAAGCUGAUAUGUGGCUUGCCGCAAUGGGAGAUGAGAUGGAAUCCCAUGACAGGAAUCAGACUUGGGAGCUAGUCAAUCGACCACAAGGAAGGAAGAUUGUUACAAACAAGUGGAUCUACAAGAAGAAGGAAAGAAUCACUUCUAAAGAGGGCAUGAAAUUUAAAGUUCGGGUGGUUGCACGAGGCUUCUCGCAGAGGGAAGGAGUUGACUACAAUGAGAUUUUCUCACCAUUGGUCAGACAUACUUCGAUGAGAGUGCUACUAGCAAUAGUGGCACAUUAUGACUUGGAGCUCGAGCAGCUAGACGUGAAGACAGCUUUCCUACAUGGAGAGUUGGAGGAAGAAAUUUACAUGACUCAGCCAGAAGGAUUCAAGGUUUCGGGAAAAGAAGACUAUGCUUGUAAGCAGAAGAAGUCCUUGUAUGGACUUAAGCAGUCUCCGAGGAAGUGGUACAAGAGAUUUGACAGUUACAUGCUUGAGCUGGGCUACAGCAGAAGUCCAUAUGAUUGUUGUGUGUAUCACAACAAGGUAGAUGAUGGUUCGAUGAUCUAUCUUGUUCUGUAUGUGGAUGAUAUGCUCAUAGCUGCGAGGUCAAAGUCUGAUAUCCAGAAGUUAAAGGGGCUUCUCAGUGCUGAGUUUGAGAUGAAGGAUUUGGGAGCUGCUCAGAAGACCUUGGGUAUGGAUAUUUACAGGGACAGGUCGAAGAAGAAACUUUUCUUGUCACAGAAGAGCUACAUCCAGAAGAUACUGUCGAGGUUUGGCAUGUCUUCAGCAAAGCCCUUAAAUACUCCUAGUGCUUCAAAUGUUCAUCUAUUCUCAGCUUAUGCACCGCAGUCAGAGGCUGAGAAGGAGUACAUGUCGAGAGUCCCAUAUGCUAGUGCAGUAGGUAGCUUGAUGUACGCUAUGGUAUGCACUAGACUUGAUCUUGCUCAUGUUGUUAGUGUUGUCAGCAGGUUUAUGAUACAACCCGGGAAGGAGCAUUGGCAGGCUGUGAAGAGGAUCUUCCGGUACCUUAAGGGUACACUUGAUGUGGGGAUUAGCUUCGGAAGUGAUACAAAGUGCUUGGUGUCUGGGUAUUCUGACUCGGACUAUGCUGGAGAUGUUGACACGAGGAGAUCGAUGACCGGUUAUGUAUUUACUCUUGGGAGUUCUGUAGUGAGCUGGAAGGCAACUUUGUAG